AUUCCAGCUCCGCAGCAGCAACUGCCUCUGCAUAGGACAUACCACAAGGUGCUAUAUGGCCCUAUCCUAGUCAUUAUCCCAUUUUGCGAUCUCGCCCAUAUUUCAAGAUGCCUUCUUAUAAAGUGGUGUAUGGCAACAAUCGUGGCUUAGCCGAGCCCACCCGCAUGCUGCUGGCUUGUGCUGGCCAGGAGUUUGAAGAUGUUCGCUACACAUCCGAAGAAUGGCAGAACCACAAAGCUGAGGCUCCCAUGCAGCAGAGGCCGUACAUGGAGGUGGACGGUAAGAAAAUUCCUCAGAGCCGGGCCAUGCACGGCUUCGUGGCCAGGGAGUUUGGUUUAAACGGUUCCAACAACGAGGAAACAACCAAAAUUGACGUCAUCAUCGCUACUCUUGAAGAUGUUCGACUCUCAGUCGGAAGAGUCGUGUUUUAUGAAAAGGACGAAGACAAGAAGAAAGAAAAGGUGUUGGAACUCUACGCACAGACUGUUCCUAAGUCAUUCGCCGCGCUUGAGAAGAUGCUGGUAGCCAACAACGGUGGUGAUGGCUUCUUCGUUGGUUCCAAGAUCUCUCGCGCCGACAUCUUUUUCUACGUCUCCAUGGAAUUCAUGGCAGCGGUUCAGCAGGACUUCCCGGUCCAGGACGAGGUCAGGAAGUCCCCUAAACUGGCAGCCUUGAUGGAACGUGUUGCCAAGGAACCUAAUAUCGCUGCCUAUUUGGCUAAGCGUCCGCAAACGAAAUGGUAAAAUUGAGGGGGGAACCACGACAAAAAAUCGCUCGGCUACUGGGGCGAAAGAGGCUUGUGGAGUAAUUUUAGUUCGUGUUGAUUUUGAUUAGGAAGUGCUAACUUGCUACAGAACAUGUACAUGUAUUGGAAUCCUCAAGCAAGGUGACCUAGGGUACCAGAUCGAAUUUUCGGUUUAUCCCAUUUUUGAAACACUAAUGGAAAAACACAGUCCGCACAAAAGCCAUUGUCAAGGGUUAACUUGAAGUGAUCUUCUGAUGAUUACACACAGGACCAUUCUCUGUAUUUGUUAAAUACAUGUAUUCCAACUUCAGGAUUAUUUGGCGAUCUAUAAUUGUUCAAGGCAAAGCAUAAAACAAGGAUGUUUAUGGUAACAAACCCCAAACAGCCACUACCACGAUUGGAAGGGUGCUGCUUUACUGUCUGGAAAAUUCAAAUGUACUUAAACUUUCUUCUUUUCGUAUGUUUUUAGCGUGUCUGUGUUUUAGUUUGCAAGUAGGGCCCAAAUUCACGGCACUGCUCACUGCAAGCGAAAAAUCGGUGUUGACCAUGGCCAAAAAUUCUGUGCUUACGGCCAACGCAUUUUCACGGGUUAGCGCGGAAGUCUGGCUUGUGCGCAUGCAUACAUCCCGUAACUGAGGAUUCUGUGCUAAGGUUAGCGCAGAAUUUUUCUGCCAGCGCAGUUAGGCCAGAAUGGAGAUCGUAAGCGCAGAAUUCUGUAGUAAGUAGCGCCAUGAAAUUGGGCCCAGUUAUAUUUGGGGAAUGACAUUAACACUGAAACAGACAGAGCUAGACCAGAAGUGGCGUAAAUUUAUAAUGAAAACUGGGGGAUAGGGAAUUGGGGGGGGGGAAGGAUUUGCCCGGCCAUUGAAAGGCGGUUGGGGUGACACCAUAAUCAUAUGAAUAGAAGUACUGUAAACCAUCAGAUGUCCAACCAACCUCCCUAAUUAGUCACAUAAAAGAAAUGAAGUAAAAACACGUUUUUUCUUUCGAUAA